AUGACUAGCAUUGAAGCGCAAGAAAGAUAUGAACGAAAAGCAGAAGACCAAGCGAGGGCUCUGUUUUGGACUGAGCGUUUGUUUCUCCUCGUGAUACUUCUCCUCUCCUCCAAAUACUUAUUAGUUUUGAUCGGUGUUCUCCUUGUCUACACUACUCUUAUGGCAUCACCCUUAUGCCCUAAACAGUCUUCUGCUGUACCCUCUGGUAUUGGUCGACUCUGGCUGUUUCUAUUGGACCGGUUCAUGUUUUUAGUGGCGCUAGUCUCUCAUGAGGCCAUCUUCUUUUGGCGUCUCACCGUUUUUAUCUCCCUCGCGAUCCACACUUUUUACAUCAUCGAGUAUCUUGUUAGAACUUAUGAACCCCAUCACGCCGUAUCCACUGGGAUUGAUGAUGACACUGAUGAUGAUGAGGAAGGAGAUGUGAUCAAGAAAGUGGAGACGACGAGGGAGUUAGUGGAAGAGUUAAGAGAAGUCGGAAAGAAGAUGGAUACAGAAUUGGAGUCUAUUGAGAACAUUAUCAAUUCCGAUCUUAAAACACAGAGAAAAAACUUGUCCGAGAAACUCUUAGAGUUACGUGAAGAGUUGAGAGAUGUGGAUGGAGAGAAGAUGAGAGAGUUCAUGAAGAAAUUUGUCCAUUCAGAACUUGUAAAUUUGAGAGACGACUUGCGCCUUAACGUUGAUGACAUAUUGGAAGACGUCCGAGAUGAGAUGAGAUCCAUAAACGUUGAGGAUAUCAAAGCUUCAAGAGGAGAAGUGAAAUCUGUACUAGAGGAUGUCUAUGAGACCUACCUUGUUAUCCAAGAAACUGCCAAAGCUUCGAAAACAAUAGCUGACAGGGCUAACCUAGCCCACCUUGUUUUGCAAGCAAUUUCCGAAGAAAUCCAAACUUUGAGGUGGAAGAUAAAAGAAGAAGAUCUUGAGAGGUUUCUAGAGCUGAGGGAAGAAGUCUGGGAGAUGUCGUCGGACUUUGAAACUACAAAAAUGGAGGCGGAGGAUGCUGCGGACAGAGCGGCAGAGGAGCUUUCAUCUGCGACGGUGGAGUUGAUGGAGGCUGUUGAGAUCCGGCCGUGGGAGGAGUAUAAAACUGACUAA